AUGGAUGUGCUCGUCUCGGUGGCAUUAGACGAGGUGUGUGCCAGCCUCUCCGCUGGCCUCCCAGUAACCGGCCUAUGGACCAGGCUCUCCGGGGAGUUUGAGGCGGCCGGCCUCCCUCUUGGCCUGUCCGUCAAGAGCAUCCUCUUUGCCCGUCUCAUUGCGCUCCCUCACAUCAGCCUCAUGGAGCGUAAACAGGGUAAACCGGAUGACACGCUCGUCCACUCGGCGGCAAAGACUGUGGAGGCGGCCGAACGGCGCGGCGCUCUGCUGUUUGCGAGCCCGGAUCUCCGCGAUAAAUUCCUCGGGAUUUAUGACCACAGGUACUCUGCUUCGAAGCUAAGUACCAAGCAGAAGGAGACGCUAGAACGUGUCGGAGCAAGCAGGACUUCUGGUGUCACACAAAAGUCUUUAUGGGAAAGUAUUGGCAUGGAAACAAAGGAAAGUAUUGGCAUGGAACCAAACCAAAGUAUCAACAUGAAACCAAGCAAAAGAAUUUGCAUGAAAGCAAACAACUUCCAUUAUGUUGUGAAGACCCUUCAGUCCCAGGGGUUAAUUGUUGGAAAACAAGCAAUUGUGAAGUCUAAUGACGUUGGGGGUGAGACGGAAUAUGGUUCACGGAAUAGUCUUAUCGUCAGCACCAACUUAUUAUAUCUCUCAAGAUAUGCCAAAGAAUUGAAUAUGAACUCAAAUCAAAGAAUUGAGAUUGCAAUGCCCAAACUUGGGAGAGAUGAAGAAAUCAACAUAGAUGUUUUACACGAAGAUGAGAAUCUUAGUGUAGAUUACAAGAACUAUGUUUCUAUCCAUGAUUAUCUUCCAGCAAUGAAAGACAUAUGUGACAAACUUGAAGAAGCUAGUGGAAAGGUUUUAGCUGUGUCAGAUAUAAAAAAGGACCUCAGUUACAAGAUGCCACGUGGGCACAGGGCAUGGAGAAAUGUAGGUUUUCUUGGAAUCCCUUGUUGCAUUGCAUAUGUUCUCCGUACUCCUGGAUACUACUGA